AUGUGUCGGAAAAUAUUCAAAAUAAUUUUCUUGUUUUCAAUUAUUGAAAUAUCAACGCAGGUUCCCUCAAGAAAUUUCGAAUUAGUAUUUGAUAAUAUCACUUGUAUGACAAUGAGAGACAGUGUCAAAUAUUUCAAGUGCAAAAUGGAAAAAUUGGCCAAAAAUCAAUAUGCUUUCGAUGGAGAAAUAGUAUUCAAUAAAAUUAUGCAAAAGGAUUUUUCUAUGCGCUAUUUUAUCGAUGCCAAGCCAUUGUCGAGAAAUAUAACAUUACCUUUUCUGGAUGUAAAAAUUAAUGGUUGUGAUGUACUCGAGAAGGGAUUCGAUAUACCUAUAUUGCAGAGUCUCGUUAUAGAAUUGAGAAGAAAGAGCAAUGUACCCUACCAGUGUCCAUUUAAAGCAAAUAUCGCUUAUGCUUUUCACAAUUUAUCAUUCACCGAUAAAAGCUUGAAAAAUUUAAUGCCAUUUAUGCAUUUCGUCCAGGGAUUGGAGUUGUUUGAGUCGAAUGAAAUUAUUGCAAGUUUAAAAACUAAAGGUAGUCUUCUUCCUAAAGUGAAAAAUGUUAAAAUUAAUUAA